AUGGCGGAAUCGAAUGCAACCGCAACCCAAACCCACACAUCAAAACCAACAAUCAUCAUCGUCCACGGCGCAUGGCACCGGCCCAUCCACUUCCACGAACUAUCCCGCGCCCUGACCUCGCACGGGUACAAAGUCAUCGCCCCAGCACUCCCGUCCGUGGAUAAAGCCCCCGGAGAAAUAACGCCAGACAGCGAAGCCGACAUCGCGACCAUCCGCCACGCCAUCCUCGCCGAGCUCGACGACGCAGCAAGCCCCAACGACGUGAUCCUCGUGCCCCAUUCCUACGGGGGCAUCCCGAGCUCGGGCGCCGUGCGAGGGCUGGACCGGGCCUCGCGGGUCGCGGCGGGGAAACGCACCAGCGUGCGCGCCAUCGCGGCCAUCACGUCGGCCAUCCUGCCCGAAGGUAUGAGCAUCACGGGUCCCGACGGCGAGCCUGCGGUACAGGAAGGGCUGCCUGCGCUGAUGAAUCCCCCACCGGCGACCAUGUUCUGGCAGGACAUGCCCGCCGAGUCCGAGACCUACAGGCAGGCCGAGAGGAACCUGAACGCGAUGAGCACGGCCGCGCUGUUCGACCCGUGUCGGUUUUCGGCGUUUGAGGUCGUCGACGUGCAUUACCUGCUGGCGCGCGACGAUCAGGCCUUGAAGUUCCACAUGCAGGAGGCCAUCGUCCGGCGGAUUCGGGAUCGGGGGCACGUCGUCCGCACAGAGGUGCUCGACGGUUGUGGUCAUAGUCCGUUCCUGAGUCGCGUGCCGGAGACGGUGGCGUUUGUGAGGCGCAGUGCGGGCGAGGAUGUGUAG